UGCAAAUAACAGUUUAAAAUAUAAAACUUUAAGGUUGCUUUUGAUUUAUUCCAAAUAUUAAGUUUGGAAAGAAGAUUGUUUUAUAGCAGUUUAUAAAAAGUUUAAUAAAAAGUAUAUUUUCUUAUAUACAUAUAUAAGAUUAUGGAUCUAAAUGCGCAACAAAAUGAAAAAUGGUUAAGAAAAAGAAAACUCACUUUUAUUGCAUUUUCAAUUCAAUUGAUUAUUAUUGGAAUUGAGUACACACUUACUCUUUUAACGUUAUGGUUGUACAUCAAAGAAAUGAUUAACACAAACUCGCCGAAAUUGCUGUAUAGUGUUGUUUCUGUUUCAUUUAUGCUAGCAUCUACUAUUGUGAUGCCAUUUAUAGGAAGAAUCGUCGAUAAGUAUCGAAAUAUUAAAAGCUGUUUUUUGUUGUGUAAUUUGUUAAUGCUCACUGGAAAUGUACUCUACAGUAUUCCUUUUUCGCCAGCUUUUUUAGUUGCAGGAAGGAUUGUUGCCGGUUUUGGUGGAUCGUUGAAAUCUGUAAUAUUUAGUGAAACAAUAAGAUGUUACCCGGCUUCUGAAACAAGUUCAAAACUAUCAGUUUUAUCAGUAAUGCAUAAUUUAGGAUUCAUGCUAGGUCCUGGGAUAAAUUUUUUUUUUAAAGAUAUGAGCUUUUUUAUAGGACGUUGGCAUUUAUUAGACGUUAACUUUCCCGGGCUUUUUAUGGGCUUCGUAUGUAUUGCUAUGGAAAUUUUAACAUUAACAAUGGUGCACGACGUAUCAAAGGAAUUCGAUUACAAAGCUUUAUUGGAAAAUAAUGACGCAACUGAUAUUGUGGAAAAAGUUAUUUUUGAUAAAAACAGCGAAGAUGUCGAAAAAAUACCAAUAGUAAGGUAUAACAAUGAAAGUAACUACACAAACGUCGGCGAUGAAAAAAGCAAUUACGUAGGGGAUGGCGAUGAAAAAAGCAAUUACACUGGCGAUAGCGAAAUAUUAUUACCAUUAAAAUCAAAGAAACACGCCGUAUUAAAAAUCUUAAAAGUACUGUUUUUGCAUUUUGAUUCUGCGCUUAUUUUAUUUACUAAUUUUGUUAUAGCCUUUUUUUUUAUAACCGCAGACAUAUGGUUGCCUUUGUUAGUUAUAGAGAAAAUGCAUUUAUCGAUAUUAGAAAUGAACAUUAGUUUUUUUGGAGUAAGCGGAAUAUGUGCACUUAUGUUAUUGCUUUUUAUUUGGAAACCUGUUUCUGAUAAAAACAUGAUAAUAUUAUUGAUUAUUAGUUUAGUUGGUUUCUGUAUUGUAAGCACAGGAUUUAUAGUUCUUUCGUACUUUCCGUUCAACAAAGCGUUAAACGUCGUAUUAUGUAUUAUUUAUAUGGUAAGUUUUGGAGGUGCUCCUAUAAUUGUUGACGUUUUUUUCGUCAACACGUUAUCCAAAAUGGUAAAAUCAAACAUUUUAACAUUUGUUGACAGUAUUCGAUACUCAAUGUUCUCCGCCGGAGCUUUUUUAGGUUUUAUUUUUUCUCCAUUCAUGUUUGACUAUGUUAUAACAUUUGGAACAAUGUAUAUCACUGUCAUGAUAAUUAUUGGGAUCAUGUUUACAGUAAGAAAUAAACAUUUUAUUAAUCCAAAGCUUUUGUUUUAACUCUUGAUUUAAAGCCGUUAAAGUGUACGAAUUCAAGUAGUAUAUGAAAUUAAAAAAAAAAAAAAAUCAAUUUUAUUUAAUUGAUUUAAAUAAUUAUAUUUUU